UGGUGUACGUUACACAGUGUGUAAACUGUAAAGUAGUCCUGAAUGACCUGGGAGUGUAGGGCCAUCCAGCCGACCUCCAGAAUCCAGAGUCCAGUCCAACUGAAUUUCGCAUAUUUCGAAUAUCCUCGUAAGACCUACGAAGACCGAACUCUUUAUAUACCACCCGGCACCCGCUUUACAGGUUUACCCCUACACCCCAACACUACGGCGGCGAUGUCAGAACGCGAAGCUCCUCCGCCGCGGCGUCUCCUCAAGCAACAAACGUGGUCUCCCAACAUGUACCGCGAGGAGACUUGGGUCCGGCGGCAGGGGAAUAGCAACCGCCGCCGCCGCGACAGAUGCAAGAGCGUCACCGACGACGACUUGGAUGAACUCCGCGGGUGCAUCGACUUGGGGUUCGGCUUCCACCCGGAGCCCAACGAAUUGGAUCCGAAACUCGCCCAGACUUUUCCGGCUCUGGAACUCUUCUGCGCCGUUAACAAACAGUACAACGAAUGCCUGUCGUCGAUGUUUGAUUUAGGCGAAGAUCCAGAGACUGUGAAGGCUAAAUUGAAACAGUGGGCGCAGGUGGUGGCUUGUUCGGUGCGCCAAUCUUCGCCAAUCCCAUAACUACAAAAAAGUUUGUCCUAGGGCCCGCUCUCGAAGUUUCGAGGAUAUUAAGGAGGAAAAUGUUGGUUAUUUUUUUUAAUUUAGAAAAUGGUAGAUCGAUCAAUUCAACAUUCCUGUACAGCAUCAAACAUUUUCACAACUCAGACAAUUAGCUUAAACAUUUUAAUGGAAAUGCUGGUAUAUGGUAGAUUGGUAGGGAUAGAAAUUUCUUAUAUUUG